CUUCACCACCACGACUUCUCACAUCACCCCUCAAUCACCCCUUCAUCUUCGCGCGGCGCCGCACCGCAGCACCCCUUAAUCACCUUUGACCCGCCUGGUCGCGCUGGCUUCGCGUAGGGGAAUAAAUAUGGCUAACUUGGGAAUUGAUGCAGGCCGAGUCUGGUGCGGAUCCAAUAACGGGAGAGACUGUGGAGUCUACCACGACCAAUGGUCUGAGAUUCCUUGAAAGCUUGCGCAAUGCGAAGGACAAACACGGCCGCCCUAUUGCAACAGACUUCCUCCAACUUCCCUCCGGCAACCCAACCCUGAAGAGAGACAAGGGACCAUACUAUGAUCUUGUCAAACUGCCAAUUUCCAUACAGACAAUGGAGGACAAGCUCAGAGCUGGUGAAUAUGCUACACUGGCCCAGCUCGAGGCCGACUGCAAGCGGAUGGUCACCAAUGCCAAGUCGUAUUUUACAAGGGGUGAAAACACAUUCGAAGACGCCGAACGAUUGCGGAAGACAGCUUCGAACUGGAUGACCAAAAACAACCCUGCCUACAAGCUGAUCCGCAACUAUCAAGCAGUGGCUACGCCUGUGCCUGGCGAGGACGCUGCGACCCCCGCUCGGCCUGCGCCACGUCCCGUGUCUACACCCAAACCAAUCCCUCCUACUCCAGACACGACCGAUCGCCCACGGCGGGCUGCAGCCCCUCCGUCCGCCACGCCCGCGCCGUCGAAGCUCAGGCACUCUUUGCCUAUUCAUACGACCGAAGCAGGGGACAGCAAGGCUUAUGACGGGAAGAGUUUCCAGCAGGCGCAGGAGCAGAUUAUCUCCGAGCUGAUAGAGUACAUUGAUCCUGAGAGUGAAUUGCAGAUAUUUCAGCCCUUCGUGAACUUGCCUUCCAGGUCACUCAAAGACUACUACCAGUUGAUCAAGAAUCCCAUGUCGUUAAGCGGAGUGCAGAAGAGGGUCCGUGGCGUGAAGGGUCGGGAUCCACCCACUGGUAUCACUCUCUUGAAGAGCUGGAAUGAGUUCGAGGAACAAGUCAGCCUCAUCUGGAAAAACGCCAGGGAGUAUAAUGAGGACGGGAGCGAGAUAUACGACCUUUCCGUACAAUUAGAGAAAAUGUUCAAGGAAAAGCUUGCGAAUGCGAAAGCCAAAGUUGAGGAGCCUCCGCAACCUAAACUCAAGAUCAACAUGUCGGCUGCCCCAGCAGCUGUCCCCAAGCAGCAACUCAAGUUGAAACUCCGUCAAUCGCCUGUCUCUGGUGCCGAAUCCCCUGCCGUACGCAGUUCAGCCACACCAGGAGUAACAAUCGACAAUGAUGCGUUGCUUAGGCAGCAGCGUCACGUCCAGGAUAGCAUGAAUGCCCAGCGAGGUUCGCAGCCACCGUCAUCUAAGGCACAAACACCGCUUGCCUCCGCCCCGCCUUCUGUUCCUCGGUCUACUUCCACGUAUCCUCCAUCAGGCUCUCCUCCCGCAACGAAUGGGAUCAAGAAUGAUGUGGGAUCCCCUGCGCUCAGUUCCAUCAGGCAAGCGAGUACUGUGUCCGAUGGUCAGCGGCCAAGUGUGCCAGCCCAGACACCGCAUCCCUCGAUGCCUCCUCCUCAGAUGGUUUCGCGCCCUGCAAGCGGUAGCCCUCAUCCCAACGGGCUGGUUGGCCAACAGCCAGGCGGCUAUCCCGGACAAUAUCAUCCUCCUACUCACUAUGCUCCGCCAGUAACGGCUCAACCGGGGGCAUUUAGGAAGACUCCGCUCAAGAAUACGAGCGAAGCUCUGAUCCCCAAGAUCACCAUCACCACAGCGCCUUCAUUGAACUUACCAAAACCGUUCAAGACCGUGGUGCAAGCGAACAAGUAUAGGACGGUACAGAGCGUGACGCUGAACUUGCCACCCUCACAUUCGCACUUGCAAAUCGUUCCUUAUCUUCCUGUGGCACUGGACGGACGCCCAUACCGAACAUUCUACAUCGUGAAUGGAAAACAGUACUCCGAAACCCCUCGCAUGCUCGCAGCUCCCGCCGUCAACGGCGCUCCUACGAGUUACGAAGGAGGCAAGAAGAAGGGCGAGCCCCUCUAUGAUGCCAAGUUGCUUCCUGGCGUGAAUCGGAUCGAGAUUGAAGUCAUCGCUGAGAAGAAGGGCAAAGUCGACAGCAAAGAUCCCAAAGAUCAAGUCGAGAUCGAAAAGUGCCUCAUCUUCGUCAAUCUCAUGCGGCCGUGAUACUAUCUCUCUUACAUGGGUAAUCUUUUGCAUGGUUAGGAGGAUGGAGUAUGGUUAGGAUUUAUGGAUGCAUAGCAUAUCUUGGUACCAUCGGGUAGGGGAGGCGUUAUCACGGCCAGGCGCA